AUGAAAUACAAUAAGCAGCAUUUAAUAGAUUUAACAAAAGAUUUAUCAAUAAAAUUAAAUUACGCAAGAGGCUUAAAUAUUGCCUUCUUUAAUGAAGGAAUAAAAACAGCCAGAAAAGUUAUCAAGGAAAUAACAAUUUUAGAAAUUUUAGCAGGAAUAGAAGUUUCCACCAUAGAACCAACUACUUUGGUUUUAAAUUAUUUAGUCAGCAAUAAUAUAGUCAAUGAAGAACAACAACAAGAUCAAGAACAACAAAAAGAUCAAGAACAACAAGAAGAAGAUCAAGAACAACAAGAAGAAGAUCAAGAACAACAAGAAGAAGAUCAAGAACAAGAAGAAGAUCAAGAACAAGAAGAAGAUAAAGAACAAGAAGAAGAUCAAGAACAAGAAGAAGAUAAAGAGCAAGAAGAAGAUCAAGAACAAGAAGAAGAUCAAGAACAAGAAGAAGAUCAAGAACAAGAAGAAGAUAAAGAACAAGAAGAAGAUCAAGAACAAGAAGAAUUAAAUGAACAAGAAAAUGUUAAUAAUGAAAAUCAAAAUAAUUUAAUUCAAGAAAAUAAUCAAAUUAUCGAUGUUCAUACUGUAGAAGAUGAACCAAUUUACGCUACCCCAUCUCCACAACAACAAGAACAAAACCAAGUUCAAGAAGAUGAAUCAUCAGAUGGUGAUAAUGAUGACUAUGAUUAUAAUUGGAGAUGCUACCAAACUCCAAUUACCCCACCUCCAUCACCAACACCAAUUCCAACACCAUUUGAAAAUACCCCACCUCAAGAAAAUAAUCAACAAGAGGUAAUUAACUCACCAUCACAACAAGAAUCAAGCCAAGAUAGUGACCUUGAAAUCUAUGCCAAUUGGAAAUCAUUCCAAACCCCAAAUUCACCACCAAGAUCAGAUCAAAGCGAACAAGAUCAAAAUGAGGUCCAAGAGCAAGAAUUAGUCCAUAAUAAUCAAGAACAAGAACAAAUCCAAAUUAAUCAAGAACAAAAUCAAGAACAAGUUAAUCAAGAACAAGUUAAUCAAGAACAAGUUAAUCAAGAACAAGGACAAAUCCAAAUUAAUCAAGAACAAUCCAAUCACCAUGAGGAAGAACAAAAUGGACAAUUCAAUAAUGAAAAUCAAGAAACCGAAGAAAAUCAACAAUUAUCUCAUCAUAAUGAAAAUGAAGAACAAGAUGCAGAAAGAUCCAACCAAAAUGUACCAUUUUCACAAAUUUCAGAACAAUCAAUGGAUGAAGAAGAAAAUGAAAUCAUUUUUGGAUAUACUUGGAGAACAUUAUUCCAAGAUAAUUUUCAAGAAGAAGAGGAAAAUAAUUCAGCCAAUGAAAAUAACCAAAAUGAUGAAAAUGAUGAAGAUGACCAAGUAGUUCCAGAAAUUAAUGAAGAUUUAUUUAAUAUUGAAGUAGAGGAUGAAGAAUUAAGCCAAGAAAGUCAAGAACCAAUACAAGUUCCUUUACCACAAUAUAAUGAGAAUGAAGAAGAAGAACCAAUCCAUGUUUCUCCCCCAUACUUUUAUGAAGAAGAAGAACCAAUUUAUUCCACUCCUCCACAAGAAACAAAUCAACAACAUCAAAAUGCUAAUGAAGUACAAGUAGAACAGUUUCAACAAUUUUUCCAACAAGUAGAACAGCAACCAUUAGAACAACAGCCAUUAGAACAGCAACCAUUAGAACAACAACCAUUAGAACACCAGCCAUUAGAACACCAGCCAUUAGAAGAACAACCAUUAGAACAACAACCAUUAGAACAACAACCAUUAGAAGAACAACAAUUAGAACAAAAUAUAUUAGAAUCUCACCAAGAGGGUCAGAACCAAAACCAAAAUGAUCAAGCAGAACAAUUCCCUCCAACUCAAUCACCACCACACCAAGAUGAAGAAUUCACUCCAACACCAGUUUUAGAACAACCACAAGCUCCACAAAGAAAUGUUCAUUUCAAUCUUGAUUUGAAUAUCUAUUAUGAACCUAUACCAACACCACCACUUACCCCAACACCACCACUUACCCCAACCCAAGAAGAAUAA